GACGUACCGGGCGAGGCCCCGGAUGGUGGUGGUGGUGGAGGAGGCUCCGCGUGAGAUGUCGCCGGAGUGAGAGCUGCGCGUGGGCUCCCCUGGCUGGCGUAGGGGGCGGGUAAGCCGUCCGGGGCCAUUGCCACCACCCCUUCGCUGCCGUCACCAUGUUCGGCAAGAAGAAGAAGCGGCUGGAGAUCUCGGCGCCGUCCAACUUCGAGCACCGCUUCCACACGGACUUCGACAAGGAGGAGAGGAAGUUCACGGGGCUCCCGCCGCAAUGGCAGAGCCUGCUGGCCGACACGGCCAACCGGCCCAAGCCAGUGGUGGACCCCUCCUACAUCACGCCCAUCCAGCUGGCACCAAUGAAGCCCAUCGUGAGGGGCAGCAGCAAACCCAGGGCAGAGAGCGCCAUCAACGGGCUGCUCUCGGAGUUCCGCAACAUCUCGGUGUCGCGCUCAAACUCGCUGCGCAAGGAGAGCCCUCCGUACGCGCGCCGCGAUUCGGGGAAGCAGCGUCCGAGCGUCAUCGAGGAGGACGGACAGGCCGACCAGCCUGACGGUGACGAGGAGGCCGGGGGGCGGCACCUCACGCCGGCGCGCGAGCCUCACCGUGCCGACUACGAGUACAGGGAGUGGCCCGGUGGCGGCAAGUCCUACCAGCACGGCUACGACGACCGCGACCACAACAGCAACCGGCACCCGCCCCCCUCUCGCCAAGCCCCUCCACUCCAGCAGCAGCACCGCCAGAAUGGGCAAGAGCAGCAACAGCAGGAGCCGUACAAGUGGCACUUUAAUCAGGCGGAGCAGGGCCGGCCGCCACCCCCCGAGUACGGCGCAUAUGCCGAUGGCAGGAAGGUGUCGUACCGCCCGGCGGAGCUGCCCGGCAAACACGCGGCGUACCGGGACCGGGACCAUGGCGACACGGCCGACAGGAGGCCCAAGUCGUCCUUCGUGAGCCCGACGACGCUGGCUGAGCGUAAGGAACGGCCCAAGUCCGGGCCCAGCCUGCGUGAGGGGGACAGCCCCAGCACGGGCAGCCGCUCUGACGCCCCGGCACCCUCACCGCCCCAGUACAAGUCCAACAGCUACCCGAGGCAGGGCCCUGUGGCAGCUGCGGGAAAGGCCCGACCAGGGGACAUGGGUCCCGGUAAGUACUCGCCGGGUCCACCCAGCCAUCCGCCGGCGCCCUACCCAAAACCGGCAACGUCGCGUCCGCCGCCCCCCCAGCACCCAGUCCCCCACGCGACCCCGCGGUCUCAACACCAGCAACACCAGCAGCACCAGCAGCAGCACCAGCAGCAGCACCAGCAGCAGCACCAGCAGCAGGCUCCCAUCGCCGGCUACGGGCAGCACGUGAGCCCACGCACGCAGGCCUCCGUGGAGCUGCCCCAUCAGCGGCCGCCGCAGCCGCCCUACCUCCAGCAGCCCACGGCCUCCCCGGGCCAGCACGCUCGAGCCGGUGCCCUGCCGCAACCGUACAAGCCGCCGCCGCUACCGCCACAACCGCCGCAGCACGGCGGCCCCCCUCCGUAUUACGGAGCCCCACCACCACCGCCGCACCAGCACCAGCAGCAGCAGCAUACCUACACUGCGGCAGGCGCACAGCUUGUGGGGCCUGCGGCGCAGCACGCCCUGCCACAUCCGCAACACGGCGCUCACCCUUCCCCUCACUACACGGGGCCUCCCCCUGGGGGUAAACCGGCUCCACCUGUGGUGCACAAGACGACCCCCAGCCACCAACUGGCCCAGCAGCAACAGCAACCUCCGCAUCACCAUCAUCAUCACCACCAGCAGCAGCAGCAACAGCAGCAGCGCGAGCCCCCGCGCAUCUCGCACGAGCAGUUCCGCGCGGCGCUGCAACAGGUGGUGGACCCCGGCGACCCGAGCGAGUACCUGGAGAACUUCAUCAAGAUCGGAGAGGGCUCCACGGGCGUCGUGUGCCUCGCCGUGGACCAGCGCUCGGGCCGCCAGGUGGCCGUCAAGAAGAUGCACCUGCGCAAGCAGCAGCGCAGGGAGCUGCUCUUCAACGAGGUGGUGAUCAUGCGCGAGUACCACCACGAGAACGUCGUGGACAUGUACAACAGCUACCUCGUCGCCGACGAGCUCUGGGUUGUCAUGGAGUUCCUGGAGGGCGGCGCGCUCACCGACAUCGUCACACACACCAGGAUGAACGAGGAGCAGAUCGCGACGGUGUGCGUGUCAGUGCUGCGGGCGCUGGCCUACCUGCACGGCCAGGGCGUCAUCCACCGCGACAUCAAGAGCGACUCCAUCUUGCUCACGGCCGACGGAAGGAUCAAGCUCUCAGACUUCGGGUUCUGCGCUCAAGUUUCCAAGGAGGUGACGCGGCGGAAGUCACUGGUGGGGACCCCGUACUGGAUGGCGCCAGAGGUCAUCUCCCGGUUGCCCUACGGACCCGAGGUGGAUGUGUGGUCGCUGGGCAUCAUGGUGAUCGAGAUGGUUGACGGGGAGCCACCGUACUUCAACGAGCCGCCACUGCAGGCCAUGCGCAGGAUCCGCGACAACGUCCCUCCCAAGAUGAAGAACAUCCAGAAGGCAUCGCCGCUGCUCAGGGGCUUCCUGGACCAAAUGCUGGUGCGGGACCCGGCGCUCAGGGCCACGGCGCUGGAGCUGCUGCAGCACCCGUUCCUGCAGAACGCAGGGCCGCCCGCCUGCAUCGUACCGCUCAUGCGGCAGCACCGCGGCCGAUAGCCGGCCCCUCGCCCGUCCGAUUGCCGCAGCCAACCCGCUCCGCCACAAGGUGCCACGACGAGGGGUUGACAUGAGACGCACUCUCGCCCCGAGCACCGACGCGACCCUCGACCCUAACCGCACCGCCCCGCGAUUCCUCCCGCGGCACGGGAAUGUUCGUCGCGGUAUAGCCAUGGCGGAACGGCCGAGCGAAGCGCUGGCGGCUGCCCCAUGCCGGCGACUGGCCCUGCCAUAGGCGGCCUGUGGCGCUGCGGCGCCGGAGUCAUUCCCUGCCGCGUGUGAUACUUGAAAGCCUGAGGUGUCGGGGGACCCGGCUCUCGCACGGAGCAAGCUAAACUCUGCAGAGUUUAAAAUCACACCUGAAACGGACGUCUUGGUGGUCGCUGGAGCGUGGUCAGCGCUUGGCAAGUGAAGAAAGAUGAUUAGCAGUGCUCGACAUUUCUACACGUCUUAUCACGAUGCCAGCCUUGGUCUUCUCCGAUCAUUUUUUUAUUGUCAUCUCAUACUUUACAUAUCAUGUGCUAAAAAUACUGUAUGGUGCACACUGGGAAAGAUAGGUCUUAUUCAUUUUAUACAUAUCCGCACAUUUCUCAAGACACUAAUGUUUGUUUUUGUAAAGUGAAUCACUACGCUGGCAGUGCCGUGCCUGGGCGAGCGAUGCGGCGGGGGGAGGAAGCGCGGGCAAAUUAUCCGGAGCCGAUGGCGGCUGUCGCGGUCGGCUCCGUCCGAGGCCGUGGAUCGUGAUGGAACGCCGUGCGUCGUCAUCGUCGUCACCUCUCCGCUGGCCGGGGGGUUGGAACUUGCCGAGCCCAGGUGUUUGCAUCCACUCUCUGUUUCCCCCUUGAGGAUUCUUCUUAUAGUAUUACCCGUCAAGUUUUUUUAGUUUGUUAUUUUUUUGUAUUUAUCAAGUAUUGUAGGUGGAAAGGCCCUAGGCAUUGUAAUUUAUAGUGGAGUGGGAGCAGGUGGUAGGGUUGGCUGCUGCCUGCGCACCCACUCUCCUCGUCGAGAGUCCGGUUCUGUCCUUGGUUUCCCCAGUCCUAACGGGCAGCGGUGCCCACACCUGGCACUCAUCUCGGGGUAGCCCCAGCCCGCUGCUCAACCAAAUGGGCACGGACGUGUCUGUCUGCGGCACAGAGCCGCGGGUCAUCGCGAGUGGCCCAACGCAAGCAGGACCAGCAGGGCCUCUCCCACGCAAAGUCGUGGCCCGGCUUGGAGGAGCAUGCUUUGCUGAGAAGGGGGGGUCUGGCCAGUGUUUUAGGGGCCGGUGGCUAAAAUUGUACAUUGGCAUCGAUACCCCCAGUGUUCCACGCCAUGCACGUGUCCCACAUUGCCGGCUGCUCGGCGCGAUGUUCGUACGCGGCGGAUGGCCCCGCUGGCGUCGGCCACGAUGGGGUCGGCCCCGCUGGCGCCAGUCAGCUGGUGCCUCCCUGCCGCAGGGUGGCCCGUCGCUCACCUCGACGUCGUCCAACGACCAGGCCCGCACACUGCGAAUGCAACUACUGAGCUGUGAGCGGAGAAUAAUAAAAACACUGAAGUCUUGUUUUGCAGCUAAUAAUAGAUGUAAAAAAAUGUUUAAAAAUAUGCUUGUAUAUUGUAGAUUUUCCAAAUAUAUAUACUUGUAUAUUGUAGAUUUUUGUAAGGAGGCUCGGUUUUGUUUCUCCGCUGUAUGAAGGGUCUCGUUAGCCCGCGAGGGGUCGUCAUGGUUACACGACGACCUGCUGUGUAGUUUAUUCGCGGCGCUGUGUAAGCGAGAACCUGGAAGCGUUGCACGGUUUUCUCCGCGUUCAUGAUUCGCAGAGUGAGGCCUGAUCCCAGCAGAGGACACAGUGCUGUGUGGUGGCGCAGCGGUCCCUGCGCUGCACCACCAACCCAGCCACUCAAGUUGAAUUCCCGGCCAAGGUCAACAUUAGUCAUCGGUCACGUGUAUUAUGAAUAGAUCCUGUACGUUGUCAGCCUUAAACGAAUACCUGGCGUGGUGUUUAAUCACACGGCCCCUUUACCGUCAUCGCCACGAUAAAGCCACAUCCGAGCUUUAGCAGAUGGCACUGUGUCCAUUGCCGUGCCCAUGCCUCAUCCGUACUCUGUGUUUAGAUAGAACUCGUGCACUGGGUACGACUUACUUGCAGUUCGGGGCACGCGUCUUCGGGUAAUGGAGUGAUGGUUAUGAAGUUCAUGAUGACGGUGAUAACGUGAAGCAUCCUGUUAAGGGGUGGGCAGUGUCCCAUGUUUACCCCAGCAACUCUCUCUGCCCUUACAUCGUAAAUUCUAACGGUUUUCUCGGGCGCCAACUACACCUGCCAUGGCUGUUGUCAACCUGGAUUGGCCCGAGCACCCACAGACGGGGUUGCCUUUUGUCCAGGCACCUGCAGACGAAGGUCAUCUGCUUGGCUGUCUAGAAAGCUCUGUCAUCUCUUGCAUUGGCUCGCACGUGGGACUUUAAAAAUGGGACUUACCGUUAAAACUUUUUAAGUUUUUCUAAAGUAAAAAAAAUCCUGUGUCCUC